GGUCGGGGCAGCCCCGAGGGCGCCCGGCGGGCCGGGGGGCCGCGCCGCCAGCCAGGACCGGCCCCCGCCAUGUGAGUCUGCGGGGCUGCCCCCCCGCCCCGCGCCGCCCGCUCCCGCACCAUGAGGUACGGGGGUGCGGGGCAGCUGCCACGCCGCGCUCAGGUAGAGCCCGGGCGGCUCCUCCGCCUCCUCUCCUGCCUGGUCCUCGUGUGCGGCGCGGAGGUCGCGGCGCUCGCCGACUUCUCAGGUUACCUAACCAAGCUCCUGCAGAACCACACAGCCUAUGCCUGCGAUGGGGAGCACCUGAGCCUGCACUGUCCUCGGCACUCAACCAUCAGUGUUCAGUCAGCAUUUUACGGGCAAGACUCCCACAUGUGCAGCACUCAGGAGCCUCAAACGAAGAUGGCAGAACCGAGAAACUGUGUGGCACCCACCUCGUUGCAGAAAGUACUGGAUGAAUGCCAAAACCUGAGAUCCUGCCAACUCCUUGUCAAUAGUCGGGUUUUUGGGCCUGAUCUCUGUCCAGGAACCACUAAAUUCCUCCUUGUCUCCUUUAAAUGCAAACCUACUGAAUACAAAACCAAAUCAGCAUGUGAGAACCAGGAACUGAAACUCCACUGCCAGGAAUCCAAGUUCCUUAUCAUCUACUCGGCCACCUAUGGCAGAUGGGCCCAGGAGGAGAGCGCCUGCUCGGCAGAGGCGGAGCACAUCCCCCCCUUUGACUGUUUGUCUUACACAGCGCUGGAGGUUUUAUCAAAGAGGUGUUCUGGGAAGCAGAGAUGCAAAAUCAUUGUCAGUAGCCAGGAUUUUGGGAGCCCAUGCCUUCCUGGAGUGACAAAAUCCCUCACUGUCAGCUAUGCAUGUGUUCCUAAAUUUAUCCUCAUGGCUGUCAACCCCGGGGUCCCUGAUAACAAGUCUUCCAUAAAACAGAAUGAUGGUGUUGACUUCGAUCCAAAGGAAUCAAGACUUCCAAAGAAAGAUGGAAUUAUUCUUAGCUCUAACUACCUUGCUACAUUUGCAUACAUCAGAGAUCACCUCGAAAGAGCUGCUCUCCUGUUUGUGUCCAGCAUUUGUGUGGGGUUAAUCCUCACACUGUGUGCCUUGGUGAUAUGUGGGUGGUGCCCAAGUGACAUCCGGAAAUUACACAGGAAGGAGGAGCGGUUGGUGCCAGAGAGUGCCAGAGUGUACGAGAACAGUGAACAGGAGGAGGAGGAGAAUUCCCUUUUGGACACCCAGGAUGAGAUAGAUGGACUUUACAGACCUUCUUACUCAGGAUAUAAUUUGGCAGAGGCGGCAGAACUGGCAGAAAGGAUUGAGCGCAGGGAGCAGAUCAUACAAGAAAUCUGGAUGAACAGUGGUGUGGAUAUGACACCUCCUAGAAAUAUGAAUACAUUUUAUAUUAAUGAACAAUAAAUGGCUUAUUUUGGAUGAUGCCCUAGCCCUUUUUUUUUUUUUUAAAAAAAGAAAUGUACCUUCUGUGAAGGAACAUUUGUAUCCAUGUAAUUAUUUGUAAAAUAAGAUAAAAUACAUGCAAUAAACAGAGAGUUUCAUACCCUU